AAGCGCUGCCGGGUGUCGGCGGGAGGCGGAGGGAGCGCAGCGGCGGCGGCGGCGGCGGCGCCUCGGAGUGCCCGCGGGUCAUGGGGAGUUGAUUGGUUUGGRUCCCCACAACCCCAAGAAGAAGCAGGACCUAGACAAGCUUUAUGAUCUAAAAGCUAACAGAUUAUGAACCAGUUUGGCCCUUCUACCUUGAUCAACCUCUCCAACUUCUCGAUCAAGCCAGAACCAGCCAGCACACCACCCCAGAGCUCCAUGGCUAACAGCACCACCAUGGCAAAGAUCCCAGGAACACCCAGCGGAGGAGGGCGGCUCAGUCCUGAAAGUAACCAGGUUUUAACCAAGAAGAAAUUGCAGGACCUGGUGCGUGAGGUGGAUCCAAACGAGCAGCUGGAUGAAGAUGUGGAGGAAAUGCUGCUGCAGAUUGCUGAUGACUUCAUUGAGAGUGUGGUGACAGCUGCCUGCCAACUCGCACGGCACCGCAAGUCCAACACCCUGGAAGUGAAAGAUGUCCAGUUGCACCUUGAGCGCCAGUGGAACAUGUGGAUCCCGGGCUUUGGUUCUGAAGAAAUCAGGCCCUACAAAAAAGCCUGUACUACAGAAGCUCACAAACAGAGAAUGGCACUGAUCCGCAAAACUACCAAGAAAUAGCUCCUGGGCAGAGCUGGAGGCACCGCCAGUGCAGUUUGGGAUAUCUGCCUCUCCACUGAAGCCUCCAUGAUGUCACCUGUGGGAUACUUUUUUUAAUGCUUUACAGAGAAGCAUCUAUUUUUUAUUAAUGGUGCAGCAAUAUCUUGAUAAGGAGACCUGCCAAAAACAUUCUAUGCCCUGUUUCUCAUUCCUCCUCAGAGUGCGACAUAUCUCAGAGACUUUUGUGACUUGAAAGUGGUUUAUCAUACAAGUGAUUAUCCAAGGGAGAGAGCAUUUGAUCGUGUAUGAGACAGUAUUAGAAGCAUCUGUAGAGGUUUUUGUUUCCUCCUUCCUGCCCCUUCCUGCUCCAGUACUUUGUAAUGUCGGUGUUUAUAUAAAUACUUGCGUUUGUUUUACAUGAAUAAAGAAAUUAUUAAUCUAU